AUGGUGGCCUUCCCCCGCACUCUGCUCUCCCUGAGCGCGCUCCUGAUUGACAUAGCGUCCGCUUCUCGAUGCUCCCCAGCCAGCAUCGAAAAGCCCGACUUGCCUGGAGCUUCAAUCCUCGACAUUCAAGCCCACGAAGCUCACAACUAUUCCGCCGUCAGCCUUGGCCCCGGAACCAAUGACGGCGGUCACUACACCAUCAGCUUCUGCAAUGUCACAGUCACUCACACCCAUCCGGGCUGGAAUGACCGAAUCCAUACUCAAAUCUGGCUCCCGCUGGAAGGAUGGAAUGGCAGGUUCCAAGGCCUCGGGGGUGGAGGCUACAGCACCGGCUUUGGCGCCACCUACCUGACAUACGCCGUGGCACAGGGAUUCGCCUCGGCCUCCACCGAUGGCGGGCUGACCACGAGCGAUAGCUCGUCCACCAUUCCUACCGACCUGUCAUGGGCUCUGAGCAGCAAGGGCAAUGUGAACUGGCCCCUCCUCAACAACUACGCCACGAAGGCCACAAACGACAUGGCCGUGAUCGGCCAGCAGAUCACCAAAUCGUACUACAACACCGCCCCCAAGUAUUCCUACUUCGCCGGAUGCUCGGGUGGUGGCCGACAAGCCCUCAUGAUGGCACAACAGUACCCGGACGUCUUCGAUGGGAUCCUAGCGGUUGCGCCGGCCAUCAAUAUCCAGACCUUCAUUCCUGCCGGCUACUGGCCCUCUCAAGUCAUGCACGACACCGAUGUCUACCCAUCGCCCUGUGAGGUCCAUGCCUUCACAGAAGCAGCAGGAAAGGCCUGUGAUCGGCUCGAUGGAGUGGAAGAUGGCAUCAUCAGCCUCCCAGCCCGCUGCUCCAUCAAGGCAUCCGACUUCAUUGGAAAGAACUAUACCUGCAACGGGACCCAACGGACCUUCACUCCCUCCAGCGCAAAGGUCAUCGACGCUGCGUGGUCAGGCUCCCGCUCCAUCUCCGAACAAUACGGCUGGUACGGCGUCAACAAGGACGCAGAUAUCAGCAGCUACUACAUCCCCACGACAUGCUCCACCAACUUCACCUGCACGUCAACCGGAAGCGACCUCUUCGGCACCUGGAUCAAAUACCUCGUCGCCCAAGACCCCACCUUCAACCUCACCAACAUGACCCAACCCCAAUUCUUCCAUGCCAUGCACUCCACCAUCGCAGCCUACACAUCCAUCCUCGGCACCACAGACCCAAACCUCACCCCCUUCAAAUCCGCCGGCGGCAAACUCAUCGCCUGGCACGGCCUAGCCGACGAAGUCAUCCCCCCCAACGGAACCAUCUCCUACUAUCAGGAAGUGUUAAAGGGCGAUCCCCACGCCCACGACUUCAUCCGCUUCUUUGAAGCACCCGGCGUGGGGCAUUGCUAUGGGGGCCUCGGACCGGUUCCGAAUAGUGCCAUGUCGCAACUUAUGGAUUGGGUGGAGAAUGGGAAUGCUCCUGCCGUGUUGCAUGCUACGAAGGGGUACAAUGAGACGGCGAGAGAUCUUUGUCCCUAUCCGUUGAGGCAGGUGUAUGUUGGGGGGGAUUCGAGAAACGCAACGUCUUUUGCGUGUGCUUAG